CAUUGGUUUUUGACUCAUGUCAAUCAUCUUUAUGUCUAUCUAAUUGGUUAAGAGGACGAAAACACGCAGCAUCGAUUCUACAGUGAUGAGCACCGAGAGCGUUCCAGAAGGUUUUAACUAGUGAAGAAAAUCCAUCAUUCUUGGGCUACAUUUUAGAAACUCACGAUGAUUGAAGUGAUUUGCAACGACCGUCUUGGGAAGAAAGUCCGGGUCAAGUGCAAGUAUCCUUCUGUAAAGAGCUGCGAUUGGUUUUCUAUGGCGGCAAAAUGCUCCUCAACUUCCUUGCACAGCUCGGAAGACACGAUUGGAGACCUGAAGAAACUCAUUGCAGCGCAGACGGGAACACGAUAUGACAAAAUUGUACUAAAGAAAUGGUACACAAUCUUCAAGGAUCACGUGUCUCUUGGUGACUAUGAAAUCCAUGAUGGCAUGAAUCUGGAGUUGUACUACCAAUAGCAGAAGGAGGACGACCGGGUCUGAUGGAAGCAUCAGAUCUGGAGACACAAACCAGUGUGCAGCUGGAAACAUCCACCAUGUGACAUUACAGCUGGGAAGAGAGCGCCAUCUAGCUCAACUUUAAUUUUUUGAUCACCAUCUAAAAUGUAAAACUUGUUACUUUGCAGUCAUUUUUUGUUUGUUUUGAUAUUUUUAAAAUAAAUCUGAAAGGAACAAGUAA